ACCACACGCCAGGCUGCAUGUUACAGCUCUUCACCUCCUAAUCGAUUCACAUUGCACUCGCUCCUUAUUUACCGAUAGCCAUGGCGACGGCCAUGAAGAUUGCGCCUAUUGAGCCUAGCGUUUUCGAUGAUGACGAUGACGGCUGGCAGGACAUGCCCAUCAUCCGGGGCGACGACAUCGCGAAUGGCUUAGACGAGGAGGACCAGAGGAAAUACCACUACAAACCGCCCGAGAAUAAGGAUACCGGAAAGAUUAGCAAUGCCACAGGGAAUGUGCUCGACGUGGACUACAGAGGGGACGAAUGGCGGGCUAAGGUAGACCAGAACGAGAAUGAGUACACUCGGCUACGUCUCAACGAGGAGGACGAAUCGGACGAGGUCCACUUGCGUACACGAUACUUGUUCGACGAAGACAAAGCCAUGACUCCGCUCAGCCAAAUGCAGGCGACGAAGGACCUACUCACGGAAGCGCAACGCAUAGCGUAUGUCGGCCUCUGCGCUUUAGCUGCGCAAGAGAUGGUGGACAAACUGAAGGCGGUGAAUGCGAAGGAGCUUGCGCCAGCAAUCAAGAGCAUGGAGCUAUGGUCGCUGAAAAUAAUGGGUCGGUUAUAUUAUCAUAUGGAGCUUGCGACUGAAGAGCAGAAGAUGAUUGAUAUCCUUGCAAAGCACGGCAUACAGGCCAAAGACCUCGUCCCUGCACUCAUGACGACGCACACCGUCGCCAAUCCCGAGUACGACCCCGUAGAAGCACGAAGGCAGGCCGAGAUCCGCGAGCAUGAGGCUGCAGAGCAGGCCGACCGAGACUCGGAAGACGUCUCCGACUUCCCUGAGCCAUCCACUACGCCGACGCCCGAUAGCGUCACAGCUCCCGAGCCGGCACCGAAGCCUGUGCAGACGACCACCAGGGUCCUCGAGGACAGCGCCGCAGUAUCUAUACCCGGCGUGAGUAAACACCUCUCUGCCGCCGACGAGAAUGUGACGCUCGAUAUCCGCUGGACCGUGCUCUGCGAUCUCUUUCUCAUCGUCGUUGCCGACAGUAUGUACGAUGCCCGCUCGCGUGUCCUUCUCGAGAGCGUGGCACUUAGGCUGGGCCUCGGAUGGUUAGACGUCGUCAAGUUUGAGCGCCGCGUGACGGAAGCCUUGGAUAUUCAAGAAGAGAUAGAUUCGCUCGAGGCGAAGGAGAAGGUUGAGGCCGUGAAGCAGAAGUCAAGGAAGCGGAGAUACAUGAUGAUGGGUCUUGCAACACUCGGUGGUGGGCUUGUCAUUGGUCUCUCCGCUGGACUACUCGCUCCGGUUAUUGGUGCAGGGUUGGGUGCAGCCUUUGCCACUGUCGGUAUCACUGGUACAACAGGAUUUCUAGCUGGUGCUGGAGGCGCGGCUGUGAUUACGACUGGAGGUGUCUUGACGGGUUCUAGUAUCGCGGCACGAGGGAUGGCUCGACGGACGCAAUAUGUCAGGACAUUCGACAUCCUUCCUUUGCAUAACAACAAGCGGGUGAACUGUAUCCUCACUGUCCCCGGCUUUAUGAGUGGUUCACAAGACGAUCCUCGUCUUCCAUUUAGCGUAUUGGAUCCUGUCGUUGGCGAUGUUUUCAGUGUUCUCUGGGAGCCAGAGAUGAUCCGAGAGACCGGAAGUGCGCUGAAGAUUUUGACCAGCGAGGUGCUCACUCAGAUUGGGCAAACCGUUCUCCAAGCUACAGUCAUGACCGCUCUCAUGAGUGCACUCCAAUGGCCUAUCAUUCUGACCAAGCUCGGAUACCUUAUUGACAACCCUUGGUCCAAUGCGCUCGACCGUGCAAAGUCGGCGGGCCGUGUGCUCGCCGACGUCCUCAUGAAUCGCCAGCUCGGCGUACGCCCCAUCACGCUCAUCGGCUUCUCUUUAGGUGCCCGAGUCAUCUUUUAUGCUUUGCUUGAGCUUGCAAAGCAGAAAGCGUUCGGCAUUGUCCAGGACGUAUUCGUACUUGGCGCAACAAUCACCGCUCCAACGAAGACGUGGAUACAAGCGCGCUCCGUCGUGUCAGGUCGCUUCGUGAAUGGCUAUGCGCGCAGUGACUGGGUCCUUAACUACCUGUUUCGUGCAACAAGCGGCGGUCUCAAUACAGUGGCAGGACUUCGACCCGUGGUGAACGUUCCUGGGAUGGAGAAUGUGGACGUGACCGAUAAGAUUGCAGGACACAUGAGCUACCGGACAUUCAUGCCGCUUAUCUUGGAUCAACUCGGCUUUCCGGUGUCGGCGGAUUAUUUUGACGAGCCGGUGGAACCUGAUUUUGAAGAAGACAGAAUCGUGGUACGCGAGGAGGAUGAGCCGAAGAAACGCGGCUGGUUCACGAAGAAAAAGCAGCCGAGCAUUACGGGUCGACCGGUGUCGCGGCCACCCUCAGCUACAUCUUUCCCUUCUCAUCAUCGCAGAACGUCGUCGCAGUCCACUUUCGACGAUGACCUACCACCACGCGAACCAUCCCACCCCACCAUAGUGCCGUCAGCAACACCCGCGCCUAGCACGCCUGCGGCUGGCACUCCUAUGUCUGAAGAGCCUCAUGCCGACCCUGCGACGCCUAACGAGACACAUCUUCCAAAGACCGCAGGCUUCAAUCUCGCUGCCAUCAAGAAGGUCGUCGGAAACGCGGAACAUCAUCCAGAGGAACUAAAGAUGCCAGCUCCCGGCCAUUUCCAUGUCCCGCCGAUAUUUCCACCUACGCACCGCACCGAGUCCGCACCACCACCGAUACUAGAGGAACCAGCUCUGCCGUCACCACCAGCAUCCCGAUCACCUUCGAGUUCCCACGGGGCACCCGUAGCAGGUCCGAGCUCCUCUCGCACCGAUCUCUCGUCCACACUCUCGCGAUCGCUGUCUUUGAACAGUUUGCGUGGCCAAAUGGAUGGUGAAGAUAAUCUGACGUCAUCGGACGCGAAGACGCCGUUGACGACGCAGCCCUUCCGUGCGCCGCCACCUCCAUCGCUCACCUUCAGCAGCGGUGAUGGCUCAUUCUGGUCGGCGGAGCCGGACCGUGCGACACCGUUAGGCGGGAAUGACUUUAGCUCGUCUGGUCGAGAUUCCCUCAGCACGUCGCGUCCGACGGCGUUCGGUUCGUUCAAUUCACUGUCCCGCCCUGAGUUCCCAUCACCGGAGUCGUCAGGGCUUUCAUUCGAGGGUGCAGACGGAUCGAUAACGUUUAUGCGGUCGCCGCCGCUACGAACGGAGCCGCCAGACCCUUGGAACACCUCUUCACCCAGCUUCGGAGGGUAUGGCUCGAGGAAGGAAUCCAGCUCGCUUAACGUGCACAAUCCCUGGCAGAGCUGAGAUACGCAGCAGCCCAUGUGACCUGUCAUUUUCGCACGCACCAUUCCUUUCCUUACACACUUGUCUCCACAGACACUCAUCACAGCUGGAUCCUCUUGUGUCAUCGCUCAUAUCUCUACUAGGUAUCGUAUACAGAAAAUCUCGCAUAUCGAUUGAGGUUUGGUAGUGCGCGCACGGGGCUUUGUUGCGCAGAGAACCGUGCUUAUCGAUUGCGCCUGCUGGACGCGGAGUUUGAUGUCAUCCUUAAUACGCCCGACACAAGUCUCCACGUCCAAGUGCUUCUCGUCACACAACCACGAGCUGUCGGCAUUCUAGGGUUCAUACGACCUGUCAGGCAUUCUUCUCAUGAAGUCUAUCCACCCUUCUGAAGUUCAGUUUGGAGCCGCCGCAGAUGAAGCACCCGGUACGCACACACCGCGCCAUCAGUGUGGUUAUGAACGGUAAUUAACCUAAUCCGAGUGCUAAUGUUGCGCUGCGCACGGUCUCACCAGAGUGGUACCAGCAGACGAGUUGUCUCGGAAGAUGCCUUUUCACCAAUUGAUGUCGACGUGGUAACCGUCGGCGCUGACACCCGUGAUUCUCCCACCAGAACGAGUUAAGUGCGUACUUUAGCUCGGAGAUAUGAAUAUGCUGCGACUUGUCGCCUUCAAGCUAGCUUCUCUCAUACUGAUGUGAUCUGCCGAUAAUAGUCGAUCUAAGGGACCCACAAUCAAAGCGUCAGCUCGACAACGUCCCCCUUCUUGUAAUCACAUUCCGAAAGGGUGCGGCGUGGAGCUGGUAGUACCCGUGGGCGCGCAUCCCGCAUAUAUAUACCGUUCGCGUCUGUCAAUUCUGCCAGGGCUUCCGCCAGCAGGCCUUUCGUCUUCCGCGCAGACCCCUCGUACCUUCAGUUCACUCGUCCGCUCGAUUCGCUCCUUGGGUACGAAUUCUCUUCGCACAGACACUCACCACCCAACCGCGACGAAUCCGACGCCAACAUGUCCCCACACUCGCGCCCGCGCCCCAUUCUGAAACCUUCCAAGUCGAAACAGUUCAUCCUGCCGCCGUCGUACCCAGCGUGCGGCGGACAUCCCGUCCAUUCGCCCCACGUGCACUUCCCGCCGACACCGUGCCUCGUCCAGUCGACGCACCCGGCACAUUCGCCGCGCACGUACGACCGCAAGCCGAUCAUUGUGUCCCCGCAGACGUACGACCUCCCGUCGCGCGACGCCGUCAGGAUACGCUCGCCCCCGAUAGAUUUCGAGGUCGAACGGCCGGUGCGCGGCCGGAGCGGCAAUCCCAUGACGCGCGCGGCAACCGUGAAGGGCAGCUACUUCCAUCCCCGCGCGUUCGAGGCGUGCGAGCCCGAGCCGCUCGCAGACAGCGCCAUACGCCUUGCACAGCCGCCGCUCCCUGAGCAGCAUGCUUCAUACGCAUCGGAGAGCGAGGACGAGGACGAAUACGACUGCGACGACUCAGAUGAUUCGGGCGACUCGGACGACUCGGACGUCGUCCUGACUCCGCCGGACCUGAAGCCCUCCAAUAUGCUCUCGGACGCACACCAAGUGUACUCUGCGCAGUCGCCGAGUCUCUCGUGUACGGCUGGCCUGCCGCGAGACUCGUCAGACAUCGAGAAGUCGCGGCCCCAUCUUGUGCGAGCUAGCGAGCAGCCCUCGAUCGUGCCGCUACGAGAAUACACCAUUAUGAUCGUCGAUGAGGGGUGUUUGGGCGGAUUCUAGGGAGUGACAGAGGGAGGAUUAUUCCAUUUCGUGAUUGUGUAGCAAGUGCAGUACGACUUCUCCUUUUCAUCAGCACUGGUUCGGAUACCUUUUCACAGAUACCAUCCACCUCUGUUUCGUUGUAGCACCCUCCUCCUUCCCUCUGGCGCGGGUCGCCGUCCUGUAACAGUUUGACACUAGGCCUCUGUGGUACGACAAUCUGAAUAUCUGAAACUCCCCUUCUCGUCUUGUGGUGGUCCCGACCUUCUGAGGGCGCUCGUUUGGCAGCACUCAGGCGUCGACCC